AUGACGGCUUUCCUCGUGAAUGAGUCAGACGCGGGACUUUUACCUUGGAGGCCGAAGAUACGUACAAUUAGAGUAGUAAUAAUGUCACCAACGACUAAUAAUCCCACCACAGGUAGAGGACGAAGAAUCAGGAAGUUUAAAGAGGAAAUUAGGAAGAAAGACAACCCAAGACGACGUGUUCCAGCAAUGCACGGUAAGCGUCUGUUUUAACGCUAGUAAUAAUUCACACGAUAUCUUCCCUGCAUGCAUGCCAAAACAAUACGUGGAAAAUCUCCACCUUGAAUUUAUCGGGGAAAAAACAAAGUUUCUGGCAAAUGUGUUUUUGGCAAAUCAUUUGACUGCAUGCCAGUGUUUCGAAAUGGUUAUUUUUAAUAAAGUGAGCGCCGAUCCAUGACCGACAUACGUAACUUAUCAAUUGGAAAAAAUUCAAACAGUUCCGUCAAACGAACAGUAAAUCUAAUGUUGAACUCGCGGAAGUUAUGCUAAUGAUUUCUUCCGUCAAUUGUAUAAUACGGUUGAAGAUUUAAAGUCAGUCCAAAAUAUGAUUUUUUGUGCUUCCAUGCAGAAUGAUUCAGCAAAAUACGAACUGUUUUCCACCUGCAAUAGCAAAUUAUACUGUACCAAUACAGUCGAAUAAAGUAAGGCCUAGUCAUUAUAGUAUGCAAUUGUUUAUAAUAAGUUAUUUCAAAAUCUCAUAUGGCUUUUUAUCUUAUUUUCUUUGACAGCUGGUGCAAAAUAAAAUAGCAAGAACAAUACUGGGGUAUGAUCCAAAGUCGCAUUUGACAGCCCUUGGUCACGGGCAAUAAGACAGGUGUAGUGUUGUUAAAUAGAAAGUUAGAAAUGGCAUUAUACUUACUCAUGC